AUGGCUCAAGCACCACCCACACCUCCUCCCAUGAGCGCAACAGAGCUUCGUGACGAAGCUCGAGAUUCCAUCAUUGCUUCCUCGACGGGAUCCUCUGAUCCCACCACAUCACCUAAUAGCUCAGGCAGCCUGGAACCUUCCCCACAAUUCUCCGCUGUCCAAGAUAUAUACCAGCAAGUUUUUCCCCAGUUAUCUGAUCUGGCAGAGCAAAGGAACUUCAUUGGCAUCACUAAUAUCGCUGAACAUCAUGACUUAAAUGGUUCAAAUGACAAAAGUCACUCCAGACUGCUUUUGAUUUCCCCCUUGGUCCUGUCUUAUAUGGUGCUGGAUGACUUAACACCUGCUCAACAUGCCCUUGCACGGUUACCUGAAAAUGUGUCCUCGCAUCCCCUGUCACAUGCACUCGCAGCACUCUUAGCAUCCGCUUUAGAACGAAAGUAUGAAAAUACUUACGCCCGGGCUCAAGAACUGUUCAAGAUGUCGCAGCAAAGUGACUUCCCAGAUCCAAGGCUGGGAAAAACUGUUGGUCUGCUGGUUAACGACUUCCUUGAUGCGUUCCGCAAGAACACCUUCACGCUUGUUUCGCGAGCAUUCGCGUGCCUCCAUGUUACGGAAGCUCAGAAAUUACUUGGACUGGGACAAAAGGAGGUACUUGCCAUUGCAAACAACAACCACUGGCAGUUCGACGCCACCACUGGUAUAUUGCGACCCUCUAAUGCUUCUCUUCCUGCUCUCGUUGCUACGAAACCUGUACUACCGUCCUCAGUGAUGACGUUCGAUCUCGUUGUGAACAGUGUUACAACCUCAGAAGUAUGUUGA